CAUUGUCAACACUGCACGAGUUUCACCUUGUUGUCAACCCGCCGAGACUCACAGAAAAAGGCGACCCGACGACGACGACACCGAGUAGGCCCAUCAUGCCCAAAUAUUGUUCGGUGCCAAAUUGUAAAAAUGACUCGACGAGCGGCAGCGACCGAAAAAGCUUUUACAAAUUCCCCCUUCAUGAUCCUGAGCGGCUGCAGGUGUGGCUGGGAAACAUCGGUCGUGACAACUGGACCCCCUCUCGACACCAGUAUAUCUGCCAUGAACACUUUGCGCCAACGUGCUUCAAGGUACGCUGGGGGAUUCGCUACCUUGAGAGUGACGCUGUGCCCACCGUCUUCCGCAGAGUCGAGAAACGCAAAGUGAUGGAUGACAAUGAGAAGAAAGCCAAAGUGUUUCGCAGGAAAGCCGUGUUAGUGGAGGAACCCAGUCAGUGGGCUGUUGUGGGAGGGUCAAACACAGCCGCAAACCUCCCCUACCUACCUACACUACCUACCAUAGCCUCCUUAACGCAGCCGGUGGACCAGCACAAUGAAGGCAAGGUAGUUCUGCUGCCUGAUGACCGCCAAGAGGAGCUGCUGGGCGCCUUUCUCACGCCCGCCCAUAGACUUACGGUACAAGAGUUGCCCGCGGAGGAUCCGUGCGAAAGUCAGGUCGUCGCCUACUUUGAGUCCAUACCAAGCGUCUUCCCCGGCCACCUGCUGGUCUCCUCGGACACGAUGCUGUCGUCCGCUCUCAGCCCCGAGCCUAUCCCGUCUACGCUGCCUAUCGUGUCCAAGCACGCACCGCCGCCGUCGAAGCCCCUCGCACUGGAGGCAGACGGAGGCUACGACCAGCAGGAUGAUGAUGAUGACGAUGCAGAGAGCCAGGACCACCAACUGGAGGAACACUGCUACCACAAGCACCGUCUGAGCAAGGAGCAGCUGGAGGUCGUCGUGGCCGAACUGCAGAAGAAGGUGAAGGUCCUGCAGCAGAGGCACCGGCGCCACCUGGACAAACUGCUGGGCCUGGAGAACACCGUGAGUCAGCUGAGGCAGAAAAGCAUGAUGACUGAAGAGAGACUGCAGCUCCUGGAGAGGGCUUACAUCCAGAGCAGCGCCAGCAUGAGUAACACUGGAGAGACUGUCGCCAUCAUCUACGAGGAAAAUGACGCAGCGUAUUUCUACACCCUCAGCGAUGGCGAGGAAAAGCUGUGAAGGCCACGUCUGAGUGCCACAAAAGUUUUUUUUUGUUUUUUUUUGUCAUUAAUAUAAAUGUUUGUCACAUUGAUUUGCACUAUUGCGGAUGAUAACGGGAGAGUUCUCAAUUUUUUUUUAAGGUUUUCAACCCCAUUUUCCUGCAGCUACAUUUUGUUUCACCCAGUUAAGUGUCUUUGUUUGUUAUAACAGAAAUCAUAUUAAAAAUAAAUUUCA